AUGACAAAAUUCAUCAUUAGAAUGCAGACAGCUAUAUUUCCUUUGCAAACAAACAAACAAACAAAAAAAAACGACACCAGGUGCCUCUCCAAAUCCUGCCAAAACAAGUCAACAUGCCGUUUUGCAAAAGACAAUUGCCCUUGUUCAGACACAGCCAUUAAUUUGGACAAAGACUGUGGGAAUGUGACAGAUCCUUGCUUCUCCAACCCCUGCCCAGGAAAUGCCACUUGUGUGAACAUCUCAGGAGACAGGAGCUUUGUAUACAAAUGUCCUCUUGGGUAUCACAGGAUGACCUGUGAAACUGCCAGCAGCUCCUGUGGUUCCUGUCACCAUAGAAGGGGGACUUGUCAUGAGGACCCUGUGCAUCCUGUGUGCAUCUGCCCUGCUGGGUUUGCUGGAAGAUUCUGUGAGCUGGACCAUGACGAGUGUGCUUCCGGCCCUUGCCACAACGGAGCUGUGUGCCGGGAUGCUGAUGGCUCCUCCUGAGGGUAUCAAGGUGGGCACGGUGACUGGGAAGUAGGUGAAUGUGUCUCAGGUCCUUGCAGAAACGAGGCUACGUGCCUCAAGGAGGUCAGAAGAUACACUUGUCUUUGUUCCCGAGAUUAUUCAGGUGUAAACUGUGUGUUGGAAGUUGGUGAAUGCUGGUCCCAGCCCUGCCUAAAUGGUGCAAUGUGUCAGGAUGCUCUGGAGGGGUGUUUCUGUGACCGUGCCCACGGGUUCCUAGGGGAGCGCUGUGACGUCAACACUGAUGAGUGCAGUGAGCCAUGUCUGCAUGGGGUCUGUGCAUGGAUGGAGGGCGACAGUUGAUGUGAUCAUUUCAUUUUACUCUCCAAAUACAGCUGUAACUGCAUGGGGAGUGGGUUUACAGGGACACACUGUGAGACCUUGAUGCCUCUGUGUUGGUCAAAACCCUGUCACAAUAAUGCUACAUGUGAGUACAAUGUUGACAGUUACACUUGUCACUGCUGGCCUGGGUACACAGGAGCCCAGUGUGAGACCAUCAACGAAUGCAAGAGGGACCCCUGCCAGUCCGGUGGGGACGUGGAGCUGUCCUCAGAGAAACAAUGUGAACGCCUGGCUGGGCCACCUUCCUCACUCAGCACCCCUGCAGCUUCCAGUUACGUUUGCCGUCGUCCUGGAUUCACAGGAAUCUACUGUUAAGAAGAUGUGGAUGAAUGCUCUUCAAAUCCUUGCCAAAAUGGUACCACUUGUGAGAACUUGCCCAGGAAUUAUACUUGCCAUUGCCCAUGUGAUAAUCAGUCUGGAACAUUCUACAGAGGAAGGGACUAUUCUGAGAGUCUCCUGGGCUGGACCCGCCACCAGUGUCUAAACAAUGCACCAUGCAUUCCUCACUUCCAAAAUGGCCAGCAUGGAUUCCACUGCCUCUGUCCACCUGGCUAUACUGGGUCACUGUGUGAAAUUGUCACCACACUUUCUUUUGAAGGCAAUGGCUUCCUGAAGGUCACAAGUGGCUCGGUAACAGCCAUGGGCUCAGUUUGUAACUUAGCCCUCAGGUUUCAGACUGUUCAGCCAAGGGCACGCCAACUUUUCCAAGGUCACCAGGACACGUUUCUAAUGCUGGAGUUGCUAAGUGGCCACAUUCACUUAAUAAUUCAAGUCUGUGAGACAUCAAGGGUGCUCCUGUCUAUUUCCUGCAACACCAGUGAUGGCGAGUGGCACUCAGUGGCGGACAUGUUGGCAGAAACUGUGACCCUCACUCUACCGGACAACGCUUGUGUGGACCCAUGCAUCCCGACAGCCCCUUCUCCAUCUGAGAGUCAGCGAUCGGUAUGUACUUUACGAAACUCCUUUCUGGGUGGUUUGCCAGUGGAAACGGCUGGCAGCAGUGUUACUGCGCUCAGCAUCUAUAACCCGCCAUCCACAUCUUCCUUUGUAGGCUGCCUCCAAGACAUGCAUAUUGAUGCGACUCGCAUUACCCUGGAGAACAUUUCAUCUGGUUCAUCAUUCAACGUCAGGGCAGGCUGUGUGCGAAAGGGCUGGUGCAAAGCACCUUGUCACAACAGAGGAUGCUGCAGCAACCUGUGGCUCAGCUACUGGUGUGACUGCCACAGGCCCUAUGGAGGCCGGAACUGCCUGAGAGGAAAAUUUUGCAGAGACACCAGAUUACUUUCAACGGUCUGUGGGAAUGAGACAAAUCUCACUUGCUACAGUGGAGGGGACUGCGCCGAGUUCCAGGGUGAACUCAAAUGCAUGUGCUAGCCAGGCUUCACUGGGGAAUGGUGUGAAAGGGCCAUGGAUGAGUGCGCCUCGGAUCCGUGCUUCAACCGCAGCUUGUGUCAGGACCUGCUCAAUGGAUUCCCGUGCACCAUGAGGUCACCUUUGUGGAAAGGCGCUGCGGGGCAGAUGUAA